AUGUUUUCGUACUAUCCUAGGCCUAGCUACUGGCAAGGUGAAUUCAACUGCAUGCCCUCUCGUGCUCGCUAUGUGCCCACUGCAAGGACAAGAUCCCCACCUCGCUCAGCAACAUCUCUACCGAGAUCCACGCGGGAUUUACAUGCUUCCAGAACUGCAACGUUUAAUCCAACAGUAUUCAAAACAUACAAUCCCGAGGCUCGAGCAAGCUUCACCAGCAAAGAGGUAGUGACACUCACAGGGCCUGCCCCAAGAUACAUUGAUGGCCAUGCGAUAUACUGCCUCGAAAGCGUGCAGGAUCCUCAUGUACGAGUCGUGAAGGGAACAAAAGUGCAAGCAUUUGAUGCCGGCAAAGUCGUACUGGAGUUUCAGCUCCCAUAUGGUGUUUCCGCUACAGAUAUUAAUGUUUUGUUCGCAGAGAAUAAGCUGAACAUCCAGGUACCGCACUGUUUAUCAGCAACUCAAGAGUGCCAUAUAGUAGAUGUUGUUGACGGUCUUCUGGGUGAUGAAUACGAUGAAUAUGGUCAUUAUGAAAGCCUACAGGCCGAGAUAAACAAAGAGGAGCAAUUAGAGAGGCAGAAACGACAAGAAGAGGAAGAAAGGCGGCGAUAUAGGAUGCUAAUGGAAAGGGAGCGAAGGAGAGCUGAGGAGCAAGCAUAUACACAGUACAGGCCCAGAAAGUCUGAUAUUUUUGAACCAAGCGGAUAUUUCUUUCCAUUUUCUAACCAGUCUAACUUUUCCCGGUUAUUCUUUAUGUAA